GCGGAGGGGGAGGCCUUGGGGGAAGUGGAGGCGGGAGCGGGGGGUGGGGAGGUGGGGGAGGGGGGAGCGGGGGGAAUGGCAUGGCGGCUCCUGUGGCAGGGGGAUACGGGGGAUCGGGAGGGGCAGGAGGGGGAGGAGCAGCAGCAUAUGGGGCGGCAGCAGCAGGAGCAGCGGGAUCGUAUGGGGCGGCAGGGGGGGGAUAUGCGGCAGCAGCAGGGCCUCAGGCGGGGAUGGGACCCGGGUCUGGAUCCGGGAACGUCAUUCACCCCAUGUACAUGGGAAGUAGCAGCCAUGGCGACUAAGCUCCACCCCAACCUGGUCCGCCUACUCGGCUACUGCAUCGACAUGAAUCCAGCAGCACUGGGCAGGGGCGACCUGAGCAUGGAGCACCGCACUGCACCGCACUGCACCCCUACUCCCAUGGGCUACUGCAUCGACAUGAACCCAGCAGCACUGGGCAGGGUCGACCUGAGCAUGGAGCAGAUAGUGGUGGCAGCGAUGGCGACAAAGCACCAUCCCAACCUCGUCCGCCUUCUAGGCUACUGCAUCGACAUGCACCCAGCAGCACCGCACUCCACCACCGGCGACCUGAGCAUGGAGCAAAUUGUAGUGUACGAGUUCAUGGCCAACGGGGACUUGGAGCGGUGGGUGGGGGAGGGGGCAGCACAGCCGCUGGGCUUAGCUGAGCGGCUCUCAGUGCUCAUCGGCACGGCUCAUGGCUUGGAGUAUCUGCACCGCUUUGGCAUCGUGCACCGUGACAUCAAGCCCGCCAACAUCCUGCUCGAUGACAAGCUCGAGGCCAAGGUGGCAGACUUUGGGUUGCUGAGGCAGAACGAGGGCACGACGGUGGGAGACACUCGCAUCAUGGGCACACCCGGCUAUGUGGACCCCGCUUACUUCAAAUCCAACAAGGCCACCCCCAUGGCCGAUGUGUACAGCUUUGGCAUCCUCAUUCUGACCACAAUGUCCGGCCACAAUGCACUGAAAGUGGAUGAGAAUGGCAACAAUUUCAACGUCAGGAAAUGGGCGGAGUCGUUAGUUGCGGCCGGCAAAGCGGAGGAAUUAAAAGACCCACGAUUGGACGUCCCGGCAGAUUUGAUUCUGCGGUUGGCACAGCUGGCGCUGCGCUGCACGGGCAUGCCGACCGUGUCUCGUCCUGACAUGAUCCAGGUGGUAUCUGAGCUCACGGCGCUCAGGAAGGAGUUUUCUGGGGAAGGUGUCAUCUAG